CGGUUCCACAUCAUCUUCGUCUCUAUAUAUCUACUCUCUCCAUAUUUAAUCUUCUUACACACUUGCAACCACAUGUUUGUGUAUGUACAUGUGAACUAGUAUCCUGAGAUCAAUAUCGUUACCAAUGAAUCUACCACCGGGAUUCAGAUUCUUUCCAACGGAUGAAGAGCUCGUCGUCCACUUCCUCCAACGCAAAGCUUCACUCUUGCCUUGUCAUCCUGACGUCAUCCCCGACCUUGAUCUUUACCCUUAUGAUCCUUGGGACCUUCCCGGUAAAGCUUUGGGAGAAGGGAGGCAAUGGUACUUCUAUAGUAGAAAAACACAAGAAAGAGUGACAAGCAAUGGUUAUUGGGGAUCAAUGGGAAUAGACGAGCCAGUCUUCACAAGCUCCACACACAAGAAAGUGGGUAUCAAAAAGUAUUUAACUUUCUAUCUUGGAGAUUCUCAGACUAACUGGGUCAUGCAAGAAUACUCCCUCCCUGAUUCAUCUUCUAAGAGAUCAAGUCGUGGUUCUACUAGUUCUAGUCGUAAACCCGAUUAUAGCAAGUGGGUGAUAUGCAGAGUGUAUGAACAAAAUUGCAGUGAGGAAGAGGAUGAUGAUGGGGGAGAACUCUCAUGUUUGGAUGAAGUGUUUUUGUCUUUAGAUGAUCUUGACGAAGUAAGCUUACCGUAAUGAGGACAGAAGCACCCAAAAAGAAAAAGGUUUAGUGGGAAAUUAUUUCAAAAAUCUUUGUAUCAAAAAGAAAAAAAAAGAAAAAGGAGAAUGAGAAUGACAUCAUUCUUACAAGUUAUGUGUUGUGAGAUUAAUAGCAAUCCCAAUUUGCAAGCAAGAAGCAAAACAAAAGGGAAGAAGCUCUAGUCUUGUUGUAUUUUAUUUUCUUAAAAUUCCAAUAUAUAAAAUUUUAAUACUGAACUAGUUAUGUUUAAUUUGGAAUAAUAACUCUCACAAUAGUUGCC